AAUCUCCUUACAGCUUGACUGCUCUGCCAAUGCUUCAGCCAAGAGCGAGGAGAGAAGAUUCAGGCGUGCUCAGGAUAAUAACCUCAUAAUCAAGAACUGGUUUCUUAGAAUCUGAUGAGCAUGUUUUCAAACGGGAGAAUCGCUAAAGUGCAUUCAGAGUACUGUUCCUCAGAUAAUGGAUUAGCAAUUUACUUGAAGCAAAUUUCAAAUACUUCAGAUGAUCCAAAAAAAUGGGGACAAGUAGGAACAAGGAGGAAUGAAGAUUGCAAGUCUAAUGGGGAAGAAAACUUAGAGGAAUUAGAAUCUUCAGGGAAUGGAAUGAAGACUCUCUCUGCUUCUGAUUCAUAUAGUGGAAGUAGUAUGGAGAAGAAAGAAUCUGCUGUACAUGAACUGAAUGGUUUCAAUGAGAAAAUCUUGGAGCAAGGCAAGGCAAAGCCUACUAGCCAGUCUACUUAUAAUUUGAAUCAAGAAGUGAUGAAAUGUUCUAAUCAGAUAGUUCCAAAAGCCAGUGACAAUUUGAAUUCGAGUCGUAAAGUGGACGAAGAACAAUCUUCAGAAUCAUUGGAGCAUGAAGCGAAGAACGACGAGGGCAAUGCAGAGCUCAGAAAUGGUACUGGAAUCAGAUGGAAGACCAAAAGCUCUCCUGCCUAUGAUAGAACUUUAUCUUUAUCUGAUAAACAACAGCAAGAUCAUGGUACUCAAAAGCUUCUUGCAGUAUCUAGAAGAACAAGAAGUUCUCAUACCUUUGAUCGAAGUUUCUCGUCAUCCAGCGAACAUCGGCUCGAUCAUGUUGCUCAAAAGAAUCUUGCAGUAUCCAGAAGAACUCGAAGUCGAAAGGUUUUGGAUUCGUCCCAGAGCAUAGAGUCAGCAGGAACAGAUACUGUCAUGAAGAACAAUUCCAAUGUAGAAGAACAAACUGUUGCAGAAAAAGAUUGCAGUAACUUUUCAAUUCAGAGUUUUUCCUCUGAAAAUCCUGACCUUUCUUUGAUUUUUCAAUCAAAUAAUGCAGAAGAGGUUGUUAAAUUUCCUUUAUCUGAAACAGAAGAUCAGCAUAAGAUCUUAGAAAAGGUUGAUGAACUCAAAAUUCAAUUACAUAGAAUGUUCAGUAACAAAUCUGAUGGCAAAGGGGGAUCUAGCUUCAACAUAAAGGUCACACAUUUUGAAGGAAAAAUUGAAUCAAAUGAUAAUCGAUCAUCGCUAUUUUGUUUCUCAAGACAAUCCAGCAACUCUUCUUGCUUGCUUUGUCAGUCUUCAGGCAUUUGCUGCCACAAUGGAAAUCGUAGGAUUUGCCAAGAAACUCAUAUUCGACAUUGCCGGCCGAUCUCAGGCGGAGCACCAUUUGUGAUCUGCUAUAAGUGCUACAAGCUGCUUCAACUGCCUGUAGACUUUCUUGUAUCCAUGAAGAGGAUUCAUAAACUUCGCUGCGGUUCUUGUUCUGAAGUUCUAGUGUAUUCCUUCAGGCCAAGAUCUCAUAAUACAAUCAAGAAAAGAUCAUGAAGCAACACAUUCAGUGGCUAUGAAUAUGUUGGAUAAGCUCAUGGGCAUGAAAUCGAAAUGGCCUGUAUUUUGUAGAUCUAUGGAAGGGAGAAUGGAGCUUGUUCUUGCAAUGGCUUCCUUACUGCUUCUUAAAUCAGUUUUUUAGUACAAAAAUUAAAAUUUUUAUACAACAAAAGAUGUUUUAAGAAGCAGCAAGAAAGCCAUUCCAAAAGAAGCUGUAGAGAGGAGCUCUUUGCUUUAUGUAGUGACAUUUGGAUGUAUUCUUUUUGAUAACCCCUCAACCUCAUACCGCGCAGUUUAAAUUUUAAUUUUUGUAUU